AUGGAGCAGACGGUCACCAUUGUCAACAACUCAGGCAAGAUCAUCAGCACUGGCAAGCAGCUGUUUUCCAUAUUCCAAGAAGCGAAAGCCGUCUACAGCGAGAAAAAGGAAAGCGUCAGAGCCGGACGGGCCCUCUCCCGCGCAAACACAUUCGACGAGACCAGAAGCGUCCAGCGUGCGCCCUCUGUCCGCCAGGGCCCUCCUAGCCAGGGCCCUCCUAGCCAGUACGCUCCUAGCCAGUACGCUCCUAGCCAGUACGCUGCUCCCAUCCAGUAUGCACCUUCGGUUCGAGGCGACGAGGCCGAGUUCCGCCCUCGCACCCUGAGCCGUGCCCAGACGGCCUACUACGUCGAAGAAGACCAGUACACCCUACAAGACCAGCCCCGACGCGCCUCCUACGAUACCGCCAGCGUGGCAAGCUCCCGCCGCACUCACCGCACAAAGGCCUCCCACCACGGCAGCCACCAUGGCAGUCAUCACGGUAGCCACAGGCCACGCAGCACCCGCGCACCCUCCGAGGCGGGCUCGGUCGCCUUGACGGAGAACAACCUCAAAGCCCACAGCGAAGCCGGCAGCGUCCGUUCCUCCAGACCCCCAACCGCCUUGUCCAGAUAUCGCAGCCCCUACGCCGAGACGGUCCCCAUGGGCCAGUCAAAUAUGGACCUCACCGUGGUGGAUCGCAGCGUCUACUACCCUGCCGAUACAAGGACGGCCAUAGUCCCGGUCGCGAGACCGGAAUCCCAGUACGGCGCGUCCCAAUAUGAUCAGCCAGAAUCCUAUUACGCACCCCACUCCGAGGCGCCCAUGCCCCAGUCUGGCGCUCUCGUCCCCGCGCCCAAGAAGAAAAAGAUUGACAUGAAUCUUGCGUAUGGAAACAUUCCACCCGAUCUGGCUGAAAGGACCGACCUCGAUCCCGACCAAGGCGAGGCCACAGCGCUGGUUCGCAAGGUCCAGGGCCUGCUUGACGAGGCAGACUGCGUCCAACAUUCUGCCAAGGCAAUGAUUCAACAUCUCCAAGCAAAGCCCGAGGCCGCGGCUGCUGUCGCCCUGACGCUGAGUGAGCUGUCUGCUGUCGCCUCGAAAAUGUCCCCUGCCGUUCUCGGUCUCCUCAAAGGCGGCUCGCCCGCUGUUUUUGCUCUCCUGGCCUCUCCCCAGUUUCUCAUUGCCUCUGGUCUUGCCGUUGGCGUCACCGUAGUCAUGUUUGGCGGUUGGAAGAUCGUCAAGAAAGUGCAGCAAGAACGUGCCGCACAAGCUGCCAUCGCAUACGAGCCGCUGCAGGCGCUGCCCGCCAUCGAGGAGCCGGUCGAAAUGGAGAGACCUCAGCUGGAGCGUGCACACACAUACGCUGAAGGCGGCACAUAUGCCGGAGGCGGAGGCUACGACGAAGCCCUUGUGCUCGACGAAGAGCUCAGCACCAUCGAAUCAUGGCGCCGAGGCAUCGAGCCACUCGGCGACGAUGAGAGCGCCGACAUUGAGCUCAUCACUCCCGAGGCGGACCGCGCUACCCGUGUCGACGAGCGCGAGCGCUACGAGGACCAACGCGACUUUGACGACACCCGCUCGCAUCGCAGCAGCCGCACACACCGCAGCAGCAAGACGAGCAAGACAAGCAGGACGCACAAGUCUUCCAAAUCUCACAAGUCUCACCACUCGAGCAGGCACGACGACGAGGAUGACCGCAAGAGCACCAGGAGCUCGUCGUCCCGUGCGGGGUCCUCGUCGAGCAAGCACAAGUCGCGCUCCGAGCUGGACGACAGCCGCAGCAGCCACAGCCGCAGCCGCAGCCGCGACGACCUCGACUUGCCCGUCCGGCCCAAGGGGCAGCGGCAGCAGAGCGAUCUCUUCAAGAACCUGUUCAAGAGGAAAAACAAGGACGCCAGUCGCAGCCAGCUUGUCGUUGCGUAA